ACCCUGGAGUCUGAAGGCCGUCACUACGACUGCGACUUCCUUCCCUUCAUGGAGAUCGGCAGCGUGGCCCACAAGUACUACCUCAUCAACAUCCGUCUCCCCGUGAACGAGAGGAAGGGCAUUAACGUGGGCAUUGGGGAAAUCAAGGAUAUUCGCCUUGUGGGCAUCCAUCAAAACGGAGGCUUUACAAAAGUGUGGUUUGCCAUGAAGACCUUCCUCACCCCCAGCAUUUUAAUUAUCAUGGUCUGGUACUGGAGACGGAUCACGCUGAUGACGCGCGCCCCUGUCCUGCUGGAGAAGGUCAUCUUUGCUCUGGGAAUUUCCAUGACAUUCAUUAACAUCCCGGUGGAGUGGUUUUCCAUUGGAUUCGACUGGACUUGGAUGUUGCUCUUCGGAGACAUUCGACAAGGCAUUUUCUAUGCCAUGCUCCUGUCGUUUUGGAUCAUCUUCUGCGGAGAGCACAUGAUGGACCAGAACGAGCGGAAUCGUCUCUCGGGGUACUGGAAGCAGGUUGGACCCAUAGCCGUUGGCUCCUUCUGCCUCUUCAUCUUCGACAUGUGUGAGAGGGGAGUGCAGCUGAAGAACCCCUUCUAUAGCAUCUGGACCACUGAAGUCGGCACGGAGCUUGCUAUGGCCUUUAUUAUAGUCGCGGGAAUCUGCUUGUGUCUCUAUUUUCUCUUCCUGUGUUUUAUGGUGUUUCAAGUGUUCAGAAACAUCAGCGGAAAGCAGUCAAGCCUCCCAGCCAUGAGCAAGGCUCGCCGCCUUCAUUACGAGGGGCUGAUUUUUAGGUUCAAGUUCCUGAUGCUCAUUACCCUGGCUUGUGCAGCGAUGACGGUCAUCUUCUUCAUCGUGAGCCAGGUGACCGAAGGCCACUGGAAGUGGGGGGACAUAACAAUACAAGUGAACAGUGCCUUCUUCACCGGCAUCUACGGGAUGUGGAACCUCUACGUCUUCGCCCUCAUGUUCCUGUACGCACCGUCACACAAGAAUUACGGUGAAGACCAGUCGAACGGUGACCUGGGAGUCAACAGUGGGGAAGAGCUUCAGCUCACCACAACCAUCACCCACGUGGAUGGGCCCACGGAGGUCUAUAAGCUGGCUCGCAAGGAGGCUCAGGAGUAACGCUGAGAUG